AUGAUCAGCAACGAGGACGAGGACCUUGAGGUCAACCCUGUGAUGGUGACGCUCAAGUUGAAAGCGCCUGACCUGUACAGACGAGCAGCAGACGAGCAACUUCUUGUCUGCAUCCCCUGCGCUGCAUCCUCCCAGGGCCUCCCGCUCAAUCGUACCACUCUAGAGACGCAUCUGCUGAAGCCUUCGCCCUUCUUUGCGGGGCUCUACGAGUCUAUGAACGGGAAGACGGUGGAGGUGGAGGAAGGGAUGCUAGAAACACGGUCCGGGUUCCUUGACAACAGGAGAGUUCGAAUCCUCUUUGAGGAGCUCCAUUACAACGAGAACUUCAAGCCCUUCCGUGUCGUCUGCAUCAGCCAGCCCCUUCAAGGAGGUGUGCGUCCGCUCGAGGACAGGAAGAGGGGAAAGGAUGCUCAGGCGCAGGUUGACACUAUGGAACAGUGCAAGACCUUCCUGUACGCUCUUCAUCUCGUCGACAUCUCGCCCAUGACAAGAGCCAAGACGUCCAUCCGAGAGUUCUUCCACACCUACCGGAUCUUCGCCAAGGGGUACCUGGGGCACGUGACGCCGAAGCUGUGCUCGCUCUUCGAUCAGGUGGCGGAUGAAUUGAUCCGCAGCAACCGCGACCGGCUGGAGGACUACAGCAGGGGGGGCAAGAAGUGGAGCAUGUUCCGACGGAGCGUCGAGGUUGUGCUGAUGGAGGACACGAAGCUGGCUCGCAAGGAUCAGGAGGUAGGGGUGUCGAGAGAUUCGGAGGACGUCGUGAAUGCGCACGAGAAGCUCUACCUACGUCUGAGAGAUGCGUACAAGGAGGAGGACGCACGGAUCGAAAGGGCCAUCACUCUGCUGAAAAGCGACUCAGUGAAGGACUUCGGUGCUGACCCGGUGCUAGAGAAGUGCGACUUCGCUGGACCCGUCAAGCUUCUGCGGGACUUUCAGAAGCUUCCCUGUGCUCUGGACAAGGCCUCUACACUCAAGGACGUGACCAACGCCAUCCACGCGUCUGUGCUGGAGGCCAUCGAGAAGGGACGAGUGCCAGAGCAGACGAAGAUCGGAUCAGACGACCUGCUCCCGCUCUUCAUCUUCGCUCUCGUGCAGGCCUCACCGAGAUGCAUCUACUCGAACGCCGAGUUGCUGCAGCACUUCACAUCCUUCGGCUCCAUGGACAGCGAGAUAUCGUUCCAUGCGGCGAACCUGAGGGCGGCUGCAGACUUCCUGCUGCAGAGCGCUUCUCACGUCAAGCAGCCGAGCCGAUACACGCCGAGCACUGGAGUUCCGCCUGAAGAAGCUCUGACAGACGAGGGUCUGGAGCUUCCGGGACUACCAGCAACCAGCAAACCGAGCAAGAGACACUCGGACUCAACGCUGCCACGUCAGCGAGGAAUCGACCAGAACGAACACGAAAAGUCUUCGCGCAAACCUUCGGAUCCUGUCACGUCGACUGACGUGCGCAAGGCUGGGCCAGAGGAAACGAAACUACCGACAAGGUCGCUCACGACAAGACAAGGAAGUUUGAAUUCAUUUGGUGCGAUCAAGGACGAGGAGGAGGAGAUGCAGCUGGGGGAGUUCCUGCUGGCGCUCAAGUCUGAGGAUCUGCCCACGUCAUCGGGGAGGGGUGUACCCUUCUAG